AUGAGCGGCCGAAUGCUUUCCGCUGGGCUCCGGCCUGUUUCACGACGCUCAACAGCUACAAUCACCCGAAAUCUUCAUCGAUUCCCGGCCGGCGGGUUAUUACGGGCUGAUGCCGCGAUACGGGCAACGAGAAGACGCAUGUGGUUUGGGGGGAAUGCAUUCCACAAUGCAGUGACCGUCCGAAAUAUAUCAUUCGCUCGCUUCCUGCCAAAGCUAGUGGUCAAGCUGGUCAGGAUACCAGCUAUGUUUGGCGGUAUAGGGCUUGCUGGCUUUGCAUGGGUUCAAUAUCAGACCAACCGGGCUGGCACUUAUGCGGUCGAGCUUUUCAACACAACAAAGGAUACAAUAACGGGCACGGCGACGGGCCUAUUUGACGGGGCCAAAGAUAUUGCUGAACAGACUCGACAAGGAUGGGAAGCCACCAAGGAGCAAAUCGAAGUACCCGACUGGGUCCAGAAAAUACUACGAAUACACGAGAACAUCGGCACCGGGGGCAACGGAUCCGGGCCUGGGGGCGAGGAACCAAAACAGAGCAGGACAUCCGCUGCUGUUGCUGCCGGUGCAACUGCUGCUGCAUAUGGAUACGAAAAGUCUGAUGAAGAGGAUCCACGGGAGACAGCUGAGGCAGCUAAGGAUGACCAAAUGAUGAUUCUGACGAAGAAGAUGAUCGAAAUUCGGAGUAUCCUUCAAAAAGUCGGUCAAUCAAGCACGCUCACACUUCCAUCGAUCGUGGUCAUCGGAUCUCAGUCGUCGGGUAAAAGUUCCGUAUUGGAAGCCAUUGUUGGUCAUGAAUUCCUUCCCAAGGGUUCAAACAUGGUAACCAGAAGACCAAUCGAGCUUACUCUAGUCAACACUCCCAAAGGCCAGGAGGAAUAUGGCGAGUUUCCCGACCUUGGACUGCGACGGAUCACAGAUUUUUCGUCCAUCCAACGCACCCUGACUGAGCUGAAUCUUGCUGUCCCUGACAGUGAAUGUGUCUCUCACGAACCCAUUCACCUCACAGUGUAUUCGCCCAAUGUUCCAGACUUAUCGCUCAUCGACCUCCCUGGGUAUAUUCAAGUGGUCGGCGCGAACCAGCCUCUUGAACUCAAACAAAAGAUUGCAGAGCUGUGUGACAAGUACAUUCAACCUCCCAAUGUCAUCCUGGCCAUAUCAGCAGCCGAUGUGGACCUGGCCAACUCAACCGCGUUGCGAGCUUCUAGAAGAGUAGACCCGCGGGGAGAGCGAACCAUUGGUGUCAUUACAAAAAUGGACCUCGUUGAUCCCAUCCGAGGCGCAGCAAUUUUGAAUGAUAAACAAUAUGGUCUUCGGCUCGGGUAUGUUGGUGUUGUCGCCAAGGCACCAUCAACACCUGGGCUUUUCAAGAUUGGCCACACCAACUUAAUGUCCACCAUCACCAAGCAAGAGAAUGCAUACUUUUCCUCGCAUCCUCUUGAGUUUGGCCCUGAGGCAGGAGUCAACGUGGGUACCACCACACUUCGGAAAAAACUGAUGAAUGUUCUUGAACAAACCAUGUCGUCCAGCCUUCAGGGCACCAGCGAUGCCAUCAAGCAGGAGCUGGAGGAGGCAACAUAUGAGUUCAAGGUGCAAUACAACGACAGGCCUCUAUCUGCGGAGUCUUACCUAGCAGAGAGCCUCGAUGCCUUUAAGCACUCAUUCAAGCAGUUCACGGAAGAAUUUGGCCGUCCCCAAAUGCACGAGCUGCUCAAAAAUGAACUCGACCAGAAGGUUCUCGAUCUCCUUGCAGCUAGAUAUUGGAACAAGCCGAUCGAAGACCUAUCACCCGCUAAGCCCGACGUUGAUAGCAUUUACGACUUGCCCAAGGCUGAUCCCGAUUCCCUUUACUGGCACAGACAGCUGGAUGCCUCUACAUCGGCACUUACCAAGUUGGGAGUAGGCAGACUGGCCACAACUGUUGUUGCCUCUUCAAUCCAGGCACACAUUGAUAGAAUCAUCGGACAGUCCACCUUUGCUAAUCAUCCGUUUGCCCGCGAUGCGAUUAUGGAGGCCACCUCUACGAUUCUCAACGAGAGGUAUUAUAGCACUAGUGAUCAGGUCGAGAACUGUAUCAAACCCUACAAAUUUGAAAUCGACGUUGAUGAGCGCGAGUGGGGACUGGGUCGUGAACAAGUCGGCAAUGUUCUUAAGAAGGAGCUCAAGGACUGUGAGUCUGCUCUUGGAUCUCUUGAGUCCGCUGUCGGGGGCAGGAGAAAGUUGAAGGAGGUUAUGGGCUUCGUGGACAAGGCGCGCAAGGGAGACGUCAUCGUCGAGGGCGACGGACGAAGCGGCGCCGGGGGGUUCAGUGCCGCUCUUCUCGCUCGAGGACGAGAGGCUGUGUUCCUCCGUGACCGGGCAGACAUCAUCAAGCUGCGCCUGAUGGCCGUCAAGUCCAAGCAAUGCGCCGGCAUCAACAAUAAGUACUACUGCCCCGAGGUAUUCCUGAACGCUGCAGCAUCGAAGCUGGCUUCUACGGCGGUUCUGUUCCUGAACGUGGAGCUCCUCUCCGAGUUCUAUUACAACUUCCCACGCGAGCUGGACCUGCGCCUUGGGCGGCAGCUCGCCCCAAGCGAGGUCGAGAAGUUCGCCCGCGAAGACCCCAGAAUCAGACAUCAUCUUGAGGUCAUCCGCCGGAAGGAACUGCUCGAGCUCGUCCUGGAGAAGAUGGAGAGCUUGAGGCAGCUUGAGGGGCGGGAACGGGAGCGAAGGGGUGGCGCCAAGUCGAAGCGCGACAGCGAGAAGAGGGGCGGACGAUGGGGUCUGUUCUAG